UUUUGAAGUACUGUGGGUCUUGUUUUCCAGGAUAUGCUGUCUGCCCAAAGAAAUCAUGCUAUAAGGAUUAAGAAGCUUCCUAAGGGCACAGUUUCAUUCCACACCCAGUCAGAUCACCGCUUUGUGGGCACUAUAGAGAAAGAAGCCACUCCUGCCAAAGCCACUAGCCCAAAUAAAAGCAAAGAGAAGGAACCUGAAGAGGGAAUAAUCGCAUAUGAUGAUUGUGGAGAGAAACUGACUGUUCCUUAUCAGGCGAAGGAUGUGGAAGGAUCUGCUAACCCUCAGAUAGGAGAUAAGGCAAUAUAACUAAGUUCCCAAAAUAUAUAUGAU